GUAGAAUUUGUUGGGUGUAAUAUUUUAAUUUUUAAUUUUUCUUGCGUAAAUUUGCUGGAUGAUUGGGAUCGUGGAAGUUGAAGAGUGGGCUUUUGCAGUCCAAUAUUAAGGAAACACCGUCUCUACCCCCUCUUCUGAUGAUUCCAGAUGGUAUGAUUUCUGAGGAGAGGGAGAAGGGUUGAAUAGAAGAAGUGAUUCUCAAAAACAAAACAAAAAACAAAAAAAAAAAAAACUCAGCCGAGUCUUUUGUUCUUGUUUGAUUUUUGGGUUGUUUUCAAUCUAUCAUUGGCAGAAGAAGAAGAGGCAAAAGAUCAUGUCAUCAUCAAAUUCUCCUUGUGCUGCCUGCAAAUGUUUGAGGCGAAAAUGCACCCAAGAAUGUGUGUUUGCACCUUAUUUCCCACCGGACCAGCCUCAGAAAUUCAUCAAUGUUCACAAAGUGUUUGGGGCUAGUAAUGUAGCCAAACUCCUGAACGAACUCAACGCCGCCCAGAGAGAAGAUGCAGUCACUUCACUGGCUUAUGAAGCCGAUUACCGGCUCCGGGACCCUGUCUAUGGCUGUGUAGGCCUAAUUUCCAUCCUCCAACACAAGCUGAAGCAAUACCAAAUGGAUGUUGCAGCAGCAAAGAAAGAAUUGGCUACCUACAUUGGUCCCUCUGCUUUUUUACCAAUCUUCCAGCAUCCAGGUUUCCUGCCACAGCAACCAUAUUCUAACAAUCCCUCAGGCGCUCCCGGGGUAAUGCCUUAUAAUAUGCAUCAGCCCAUGAUGGGAUUGCCGGCGGCGGGUGCUGGUGGUGUGCCUCCUCCACACGGUGGUGCUCAAUUGAUGAUCCGGGAACCACAACAACAACCACCACAGCAACUGUAUGAGGCACAGGCGGCUCAACAGUAUGCCGCGGCGGUGGCAGCCCGGGAACAGCAGCAACAGGAAAUGUACAGAGCCUAUGAACAUCAGCAGCAGCAGCAGCCACAGCAAUCUCAACUCCAACAGCAGCAAUUGACACAGGAUAUCAAGUAUAAUGCCGGGUUCGAUGGAGCGGGUCAAGUUAAUGCUGCCACGGCCUAUAAUCAGCCCAUCAAUGCUGCAGCUAUGUCUCCAUCUUUGGCAUUGGGUGGGACUUAUGAAGGGGUGCCUUAUCAGAUUCCAGCCCAGCAGCAGCAGCAGCCAGCUCAAGAACAUUCCCAAUCUACCCAGCAACAACAGCAGUAUCACCAGUUUCAGAUUCAGUCACAAAGAAUGCUCCAACAACAGUCUCAGCAGCAGCCGGCGGCUGCGGUUCAGCCACAGUUGCAGCAAAUGCAGUCACAAUUUCAACCUCAAACGAUUGAGGAACAAGGACAGAGGGCCAAGAGUGAGGAGGGUAGGAGCGCCUGUCCUUCUUGUUAAUAUUACAAAAUGCAUCCAAAUGCUAUCUGAGUUUUUUUGGGGUUCUUGAGACAAUUUUGAUUUUUAUCUUGGUAAUUUCUCUGUCCCUCUGUUUCUGUCCUCGUUUCCGUCUCAUUUCCGUUUUUGUGUAUAUACUUGGCUGUCUCCUUUGAAAUUGCUGCCAUUAACGAUGACUUGCAUUCAUAAAGUUGCAUUUUUUGAGUUUUUGACACAAAUUUGCAGUCUUUAUUGGGGUUCUGUAGUGGGGUUGUGUUGAAUUAUCUGAAUCUUUUCUGCUUCUUCUUUUGCACAAGGAAUAUUGUUGUAAAAUUAUUUAAAAAGUUUAAAAUACAAGGUUUUUAUAAGCUUAAUAUUUGUAUAGUCUGUUCUCAUGUUUGUUAUGUGUCAUAGUCUAAAAUUAGACAAUCUUUUUAGGACAGAAGAAGAAGAAAUAGUAUUAGUUAAAGAAGUCAAGUACGUGGAUGCAUUUUGGAUUUGCGCAGAUGAUAUGUUUGACCAUAGAGUGAGUCAAUGAUACACUCCCAUUUGGUAAUCAAUAAUCAUAGUUCUUUUUAAAGAUCUGACCUUUUUAUUUUAUCUUAAUAAUGAAAUGAAAUGGCGUGAAGAAACUGGUUAGAGUAACGUGCAAAACUGAAAUGAAAAUUGGGAUCGGUACAUUGAGGACUAAGGGACGAUAUAUAUCUACACUGUAAAGUUGCAUAAAGUCAUCAUGUUACGUUUUAUUAUUUCAGCAGCUUCUGCCAACUAUAUUCCUAUUCCCAUUGACCUUUUUUCAUUGCAAAGUUAUAGUAUUAUAACAACCAAGGUUUUGGGAAUAACAAUGCAUGUUCAUUUUAAAUCCUGCUCUUGCAUAUAUUUUGUCUAAUUCUAGUAACCUGUUCCGUACGUGACUGACUUCUUUACUCUUGUUAUUCUCCUCAUUGUAAAUUGUUAUUCUGACGUGGGUACCAUGAUAAUAUUUCUUUGAUGAAAAUGUAGUUUAACAUAAGUUUCCAGUCCUUGUACAAUUCAUUUUUCUACUAUCUCUGUGAUUGUGCAGGUAAUUUCUUGCAAUUUACUAGCUUGACGGAUAUUUCACUAAGCACGAAUCUGGAGAGUGGAGUGGAUUCAGAGGGAGAGAUCCGCGAGUUUGAUGAGUCCAAGCCAUAACAACUAAUUGAUACGUAAUAUCCUAUUUUGGUUUUCAGAUGAACCCCCUAUAAUUAUAUUGGUGUCCUUUCACUGAAAGUUUUAAAACAAGAGAUUAAGGAGUGAACAAGCACAAUUUCCAGAAGAAGCAGCAUCAGAUCAGACAACAUUGUUGGAGUAGAGUUUAAAUUCCGUCCGUUAAAUUUAAGUAUUAUAUCCUCUUCUUCCAGUUGGCCUGCUGGAGAAAGGUUGAAGCUUUUGCACUAAUGAGUUCGGGAAAUUAAGCAGUAGUACAGAUUUACAGGAAAUCAGAUUCUGAUUCUCUAUCUAUUUAGUUUUGGAUACAUUCUUUUUCACUCGCAAAUUCAUUCAUUCCUACCUCCUAGUAAUAUUGCACAGUAGAAACGAUGGUUCAGGACCUCUAGUUAUAUAUAUAGCUGCUGGUAAAUGUUGCUCCGUACGAAUUUACAAUGGAAAUAACUUCUGUUCGUUGUAGGAAUUCAGAUUAUUG